UCCAGUAAACAUUUGUUACAUUUUUAAAGUAAUUGGGAGCUGUUGAGUUUGGAAGCGAAAACCAAGUUAAGAAGUCCUGUUAUUUGGGUCAUGCUGUCUGCGAAUCAUCAAAGAUACCUGUAUCAAAAAACAACUUGUUUAAAGGAGCCAGUUCUCUAUCCAAAUUUACCAAUCAGAAUCUUGCACUGAAAACAUAAACCAAUCGUGAAUCGCUCCGAGCACUUCCGGAAUUUAGCAACCGACACUAACAGGGAUUGUCCACAAUCCAAUCAGAGUGAUUCUGUUCCUAUAUAAAUAGAGGGGUAAACGAAUUUUCCUAACCCACUUACUUUGCAGUUGAGGUAUGGCGCGUACUAAGCAGACCGCUCGUAAAUCCACAGGCGGUAAAGCACCGCGCAAGCAGCUGGCCACUAAAGCAGCUCGCAAGAGCGCUCCGGCCACGGGUGGCGUGAAGAAGCCUCAUCGCUACCGCCCUGGUACCGUGGCUUUGCGCGAGAUCCGUCGCUACCAAAAGUCCACCGAGCUUCUUAUCCGGAAGCUGCCGUUUCAGCGCCUAGUGCGAGAAAUCGCCCAGGACUUCAAGACCGACCUGCGCUUUCAGAGUUCCGCUGUGAUGGCGCUGCAGGAGGCCUGCGAGGCUUACUUGGUGGGGCUUUUUGAGGACACCAACCUGUGCGCUAUCCAUGCCAAACGCUGUUCAUUUCCGACCAUGUCUGGCAGAGGCAAAGGUGGUAAAGGCUUGGGAAAGGGAGGCGCUAAGCGCCACCGUAAAGUGUUGCGCGACAACAUCCAGGGUAUCACCAAACCCGCUAUCCGUCGCUUGGCCCGACGCGGCGGCGUGAAACGCAUUUCUGGCCUCAUUUAUGAGGAGACGCGAGGUGUGCUUAAGGUGUUUCUGGAGAAUGUGAUCCGGGAUGCUGUAACCUACACGGAGCAUGCCAAGCGUAAGACAGUCACCGCCAUGGAUGUGGUCUACGCGCUCAAGCGCCAGGGUCGUACUCUGUACGGCUUUGGUGGCUGAGCCUCACCCCGGCUUUAUUUAACAGCUUACCCAUAAAAGGCC